UUUGGGGAACGAGGGUUUUUUUCAUAGUAUUGUUUAUAGGGGAAAAAGUCAUUGAUUUGCAUAAUACCUCAUACCUUGUUUUCUACGUCCUGUGCAGGAGACUCAAAAAGCCUUUGUAAAGGUGGAAGAUAUGAGCCAACUUUUUAGGCCAUUUUAUCUUCAGCUGACCAAUAUGCCUAUUAUAAACUAUUCUACUCAGAGGCCCUGCAGUCCAUUUGAUGUAGAUAAGCCAUCUAGCAUCCAAAAGCAAACUCAGGUUAAACUAAGAAUCCAGACGGAUGGCGAUAAAUAUGGUGAGACUCCAAUUCAAGUCCAGUUGAAAGAGAAGAAAAAAAAAGGAUAUUGUGAAUGUUGCUUACAGAAAUACGAAGAUCUUGAAAUUCACCUUGUAAGUGAGCAACACAGAAACUUCGCACACAGUAACCAGUACCAAGUUGUUGAUGAUAUUGUAUCUAAGUUAGUUUUUGAUUUUGUGGAAUAUGAAAGAGACACACCUAAAAAGAAAAGAAUAAAAUACAGUGUUGGAUCCCUUUCUCCUGUUUCUACAAAUAUCCUGAAAAAGACUAAACUGAAAGAAAAUCUAGAAUUGCACUGUAUUUCCCAGAAAGACUUCAGGGAAAAUAAUGGACAAGUGAUCAAGCAGAGUUUCCUGUAUGAAGCAACCCAGGAACCUAAACAAAAGCUUGCAUUUAUUUCGGAACUUAUCCCCUGCCCUUCAAGUGAAUUGAGAGAACUUAAUGAGAAAAGAAUUAAUGACUGUUCUAUGUUACAUGCAACUGAAAAUGACAUAAAACAGAAUUUUACACAGCUACCUCCACAUAUAAAUAAACAGGAAUGCAUUUUUGACAUUUCUGAACAUAAAUUAAUUAUAAAUAAAAAUGACUUAGAAGAACUAAGGGUAGAUCACUGUCCAAAUAAGCUACAGACGUAUUUACAAGUUUCUCAUUUUAAUGCAGAUUAUAGUACAUCCCAACCAAAACAAAAGUCAAAUACUGUGCUUUUUCCCCCAAACAAUCUAAAGGAAAAGGACCUUCAUUCAAUAUUUGGGCAUGAUUCUGAUUUGGUAACAACAAAUAGUUCAAAAGAGCAUCUAAUAAUAAAGGCAAAAACUCCAUCGUGUAGUCCUUCUGAGGCAUCCAGUGAGUAUGACAUCACGAAUGUGGAUAAUUUGCCUUCUGGUAAAAUCCAUCGAAAAGUAAGGAUAUUAUUAGGACGAAACAGAAAAGAAAAUCUGGAACCAAAUGCUGAAUUAGAUAAGAAAAGAACUGAACUUCUUACUGUACAAGAAGAAAAUAGAAUUUGUAGUUCACCAGUACAGUCUCUACUGGACUUAUUUCAGACUAGUGGAGAGAAAUCAGAAUUUUUGGGUUUUACAAGUUAUACUGAAAACAGUGGUAUAUGUGAUGUUUUAGAUAUUUGGGAAGAGGGAAGUUCCAAUACUCUGUUGUCAACAUUUUUCUCUUCCCCUUCAACUUCUACCUUUAUUGGUUUUUAGUUCUUAAAUAUAUAUGCUUUUCUGAAGUGAUAAGGAUCAUAUUCUUGAAAUUUUUAUGAAUAUGCAAUUCUAGGAGUUUUUUGCCAGCUUUGCUUACAGAACCAUAUGUAAUAAAUAUUAAUAAAGGUGAUGUUUAUAAUUUUCUACAAAAUUGAAUACCUACUAUAG